AUGUCGGACGACGAGAAUCUCUCCAUAUACGAUGAAAUCGAAAUCGAGGACAUGACCUUUGACGAGGCGCAGCAACUCUACCACUACCCGUGUCCUUGCGGCGACCGCUUCCAGAUUGCCCUGGACGAUCUCCGCGAUGAGCAGGACAUUGCCGUCUGCCCCAGCUGCAGUCUGAUGAUUCGGGUCAUCUUUGACCUCGAUGAUCUGCCCAAGCCGCCGCCCUCGAGCAACCCUGGGGGCCAGGUCCCCGUCGCGGUGUAA